UGGAAAACUGCACACGGAAGUGGCGUUAGCUUGUUGUUAGCGUGUGAGACUAGUUAGCUGUCCCGCUACAAAAACAAGGCAGCGUUUUUCUAACUCAGCUACUUCUUGGUUUUAAUCGGUAAAGAUGCAACAAACGUAUGUUUGUUGUUCCUAUGCCAAGUCUGUUAUUUUAUUUCCUCUGACAUAAUAUAAACAGGGAACUUCUAACGUUAGCUUAGCAACCUUUGCUCGCUGUGCUGUAAAGAGCUAUGGACCCCCACAGAUCCAGCAUCAGCUAUCACAGCCAUCGGUCCUCGUACAAAAGAGAAAGAGACGACAGUGGCAGAAAUCCUCGUGAGAAUAAACACUUCAGAACGAACACACAGCACCAGUAUCGGUCUGAGUCGGCUCUGGGUCAAAACCCUUUGAGCUGCAGGACUUUAAGCACGAGAAGAGAGCUUUAUGAAAGAGACUUUCCUGUUUACAAACAGCCUGUGGAAGUGGGAUGUUUUUCCCUCGACUCUGAGCGUAGAUUCUUCAACGACAGCAGGCAGAUGAGGUACUACGUGGAGCCUGACAAGAAUCCAAAUUUCAACCUGAGGGACGGAUACAGGGAUCGCUUUAUAAAAAGAGACGACAGUGUGAAGGAGAGGCUGGACCAUAUUCUCCGGUGGAUUGUAGCCAAUAAAUCAAAGAUUAACCCAACAGGGGCAGCAGCCUCACCUCGCGCUUUAGAUGUCGACUUUGUGACAUGGCGGGGCCACCUAACUAAGCUGCUGACCACUCCUUAUGAGACAAGGGAAGGCUGGUUGUUAGCAGUCACCAGGUUCAGGGGCACAUUUUACAUCAGUGAGGUGGAAACGGAAUCUGCUCGCAGGGAACGGGAGAACCGCACUGAGAGGCAUGAAGAGAUGAUGUACUGGGGAUACAAGUUUGAGCAAUACACAUGUGCAGACAAUACCCACAGUCUACCUGACCCUGGUGGAGUGGUUAACACCAACGAGGCCUUCUGCACUGUGGUGCAAACUCGGCUCGCUGAUCACAGACUGCUGUUCUCCGGCGAGGUGGACUGUCGGGAUAAAGAUCCCAAAGCUCCAGCUGCUCCUGCCUGUUACGUGGAGCUGAAGACCUCUGCAGAGAUCUGCACCCCCAAACAGCGCAGCAACUUCCACAGGUUCAAACUGCUUAAGUGGUGGGCCCAGUCUUUUCUCCCGGGAGUCCCUAGAGUGGUGGCAGGUUUCCGAGAUCAGGAAGGUGUCGUUGUUUCCGUGGAGACCUUUCACAUUUCUAAGAUCUCCCAUCUCAUCAAGAACGAGUACAACUGCUGGAAGCCGACAGUAUGCAUGAACUUUUGCUGCGAUUUCCUGUCUUUUGUGAAGCGUGUAGUUACCGAAGACAAUCCUAGAGUGGUGUACCUGUUCUCCUGGGAUCCCUACAAAGAUGUCACCUACUCUGCCCACAGAGACUCUCAGUAUUGCUUCCUGCCACACUGGUAUGUUGAGGAGAUGACGAGAAGUGAAGACUCCCAAUAUGAGCCUAAAGCAUAA